GGAAUAUACUAUUUCCACGGGACUGAAGCAGUGCAGCAGUCGUUUCACUACAAGCCACCAGCUAAAUACCUCCUGCCAGAACUGACAGCAUCAGACUACGGGAAGAAGUGUGUGGUCAUUGAUUUAGAUGAAACUUUAGUGCACAGUUCAUUUAAGCCGAUUAGCAAUGCUGAUUUCAUUGUUCCUGUUGAAAUUGAUGGAACCAUACAUCAGGUUUAUGUGUUGAAACGACCACAUGUGGAUGAGUUUCUUCAGAGGAUGGGAGAGCUCUUUGAAUGUGUACUCUUCACAGCCAGUCUAGCCAAGUAUGCAGACCCAGUAGCCGACUUACUGGAUCGCUGGGGUGUGUUCAGGGCGAGGCUCUUUAGAGAAUCCUGUGUUUUCCACCGAGGAAAUUAUGUGAAGGAUCUGAGUCGACUGGGACGUGAGCUGAGUAAAGUUAUUAUAGUAGAUAAUUCUCCUGCAUCUUACAUCUUCCAUCCUGAAAAUGCAGUGCCUGUGCAGUCCUGGUUUGAUGACAUGACAGACACAGAGCUGCUAGAUCUUAUUCCUUUCUUUGAAGGACUAAGCAAAGAGGAAGAAGUUUACAGUAUGCUUCAUAAACUCUGCAACAGGUAGCCCUUAACUUUGACUGACUUCUGCUACUAGAUUGCAGUUGCUAGAGGCUGUCUCCAUCUUUUUCAGCUCUUUCAAAUAUAAGUGUUGGGGAGGUCACCCCUGUCAGAAGUGCUACUCUUGAUCUUCCUGUUACAUUGGACACGAAGGACAAUCAUGAGUGAUGCUAUUAAGCCUUCAGAAGCCUGACUCCUAAGGUCAUGUGUUCAGACUACUUUUUUAAAGGAAAAAAAAAAAAGAAGCUAUUUUAAAUGGGACUCUUUUAAUGAAUUUCAUAAAUGGACAACUUUUACUGGAUCAGCUUUUCUUAAAACAUGCCAAAAAAGAAGCUUGUAUUUCAGCAGUUGAAUUUCUCUCCCUUUCUUCCCCUCCCACUAUGCAGACAAUUUUACCCCCCUGCUUAGAGCAGUUGACCUGACUCUGAAUUUUUUCUUACAGAAUGAAGUGCCUUUUUGAAUGUUAUUUUAAGAUAAAAAUUCAUUUUUGUAUAAGACGUAUUUCCAGACAUCUUUUAGUCUUGUAUUGUCUAAAUGCUUUAAAAGGAAAAAGGAAAAAUUUUAUAGAGCACUGUAAUAUAUAACAAAGGAAAAGUUGAAACAAAGAUGCUGGGUUCCUGUCUCCACAACGACAUUAAGUUGUAUUACAUUUUGUCAUGCUCAGAAGGUUUAAGCGUUUGCGGGAGGGGUGAUUUGGGUUGAUUACAUGGUUGUUUCACUGAUACGAUUUUGGGCACAGUUUUGAACAUAUCUGCAGUUGUUUGAGUAUAGGGAAUGAUGGAAUUGGGAAAAUAAGGUGGCUAAUAGAUCUAAAGCACCUUUUCUUCUACGCAGAUGAAGUUCUAUUGUCUCUGCUUACGCACAACUGCCAUGCCUCUCGUUUUUUGGAAAACCAUUAUCUUGGGAGAAUGGGGAGGAGAUCUAUUUAUUAGUUUAAGAUUCUUUUCUUAAAAAACCCAUCUGGGUAAGCUGGAUCUGUAUUGAGCUGUUUGGAGUACUUUUUUCUUUUAAUUGCUGCUACUGUAUACUCACCAAAUGGAGUUGACCAUCGGCUGUUAUACUGUUUUUGCCACUGUGCCUGUGCUAGGAAACAUUUUCUGUAAGCUGCAAACUUGGGCAAUAAAUAAAAUGCAGGCUUCAUAACCCACCCCUAUGUAUUAAUCCUACGGUAUUCGAUAUACCGGAGAACUCAGUUAAAGGUGACCUGCAAAGGAAAUUUAUAUUAUUAUUUAUAUUUUUUUUCAAUUGGAAUGAAGCCCUCUCCUUUCUUUGGUAUAUAAAAAUGCAAAAAGUAUUCUUCCCAUAUCUCUGAUUUGUCUGUCUUCUUCCUCAAGGUGUAAGGUACAGACUGGGAGCUUUAUCAAGUCUUGGUAGAAGG